AUUCUGAAGAAAAAGAAGAAAGAAGCAGAAGCUGAAGCUCAAUCUAUUGCGUUAAUGGCGGACUGUUAGAUUUGAUUCGACUUUUGAACGAACUUCCCGAUCCUUCAAUCUGGUGUGAACAGAUCGAGGGCGUGGAUUAUUCAAUUAGAGCUGAAUUUCGGAUUGAAGGAUCUUUGGGAGUAAUAAAACGAAAAUUUUCUCGCAUCCUAGUCUGUUUUGCCUGAAAAAUGUGGAGAUUUAAGCCAUUCGUGCACAAAGAGCCAACUGGUCUUGAAGGCCGCUCUAUAGAUGUUGGCAAGCUUAAAAUAAAUGUGCACAAGGCCAUUGCUGAAGGAGGGUUCUCAUGUGUCUACUUAGCUCGUGAUGUUGUACAUAUGUCAAAGCAAUAUGCUCUGAAGCAUAUAAUAUGCAAUGAUGAAGAAUCACUUGGAUUGGUAAAGAAUGAGAUAUCUGUGAUGAAGUUGCUGGUAGGACAUCCCAAUGUCGUAACACUUCAUGCACAUACAAUCUUUGAUAUGGGUAGGACAAAAGAGGCAUUCCUUGUGAUGGAAUUUUGUGAGAAAUCUCUGGUUAAUGUGCUUGAGAGCCGAGGAGCUGGUUAUUUUGAUGAGAAACAGGUUCUGUUAAUCUUCAGGGAUGUGUGUAGUGCAGUUUUUGCCAUGCACUGCCAAUCCCCACCUAUUGCUCACCGAGACUUGAAAGCUGAGAAUAUUUUGUUAGGUUCAGAUGGUUUAUGGAAGUUAUGUGAUUUUGGAAGCACUUCUACCAAUCACAAACGUUUUGAGAAGCCAGAAGAAAUGGGGAUUGAGGAAGACAAUAUCAGGAAGUACACAACCCCUGCCUACAGGGCCCCCGAGAUGUGGGAUCUGUUCCUGAGAGAAGUCAUUAAUGAAAAAGUGGACAUAUGGGCACUCGGGUGUCUCCUUUUUCGCAUAUGCUACUUCAAAAGUGCAUUUGAUGGGGAAUCAAAGCUCCAAGUGUUAAAUGGAAACUACCGCAUUCCUGAUUUACCUAAAUACACUUCAUCUGUCACGGACUUAAUCAGAGACAUGCUUCAAGCAAAACCAGAUGACAGACCAGAUAUCACGCAGGUUUGGUUUCGUAUUAAUGAGCAGCUACCUAUUAAUUUGCAGAAGUCAUUACCUGACAGGCCACCUGAAUCGCCCUCUUCCAACAAUCACGAAGGUGCUUCGAUGUCCACAAACAAAUCACCUCCAAUGCCACGUAGGAAUCCACCUCCUCCACCUUCAUCUGGAGAACCAAAAACUACACCACAGCCAUCCCUUGCUUCUAGAGGAGGGGAAAGUGGUGGGCAGCUUGGUGCUUUCUGGUCCACUUUGCAUGCAAAGGAUUCAGUUGUCCCUGAAGAAAAGAGCAAACCUAUAUAUGAUGAAGAACCAUCUAGCCUCCACAUGUCAUUGAAACAUGAUAGAAUUCGUCCAGACAAUGAUCAAUUGCCCAAAAAUUUUAGUGCUAACAAAGUGGUUAACGCACAAACUCGUACUGUAAAGAGCAGUGUGCAUGGAAAAUUACACAAGCCUGAUUCUGUAUCUUCCAAGGACUUUGAAAUAAAUUUUUUUCAGGAUAAAGAUCAUGCAAGUGGGGGGAGAAUAUCUAGUAUGGAGAAUACAACUAACUUUCAAGACCAGGCUUUUAAUACUUUUGUUGCAGAAUUCGAUACCACUAAGCUCAACUCUGGACUUGGUAACAAAUCUGAAAGGGAAGAAGCAUUAGAGGCUGAGGUGGAGAAACUCAGAGAGCAGCUGAAGGAAACUAACUUGGAGAAAGCUGAAAUAACUUCAAAGUAUGAAAAGCUCUCUGCCAUCUGCCGAUCACAGAGGCAAGAAUUGCAGGAUCUCAAGCAAGCACUUGCAGCAAGGACUCCAUCCCCAAGUAGAGACGGUUUGAGAACCUCUCCUGCUGGAGUAACAUCAUCUGCAUCUGUGAGGGAGAAGAUUGGCGGGACUGCUUGGGAACUUCAGCAGGAUAAAACUGAAUGGAAAACUACUAGUUCAGAACCAAACUCAUGGCAGGCUUUUCCGGAGGAACCGGAACCACAAAAGUCCCUUUCAGCAGACAGUACUUCCAAAUCUGUCAGGACAAGAAAUGGUCUGCAGAACAAGCACCCUUCUCAACUAGUUACUGAUUUUGAUACAUGGGGUUUUGGGGCAGAUAACAACAGUGCUGGACGUGCUAGCAGCCCACAGAUGCCAAGACUUAAUGAAGGGAGUAACUCUCAGGGUUUUGGUGAGGCAAAUGCCUUUGAGAGCAAGUCAACUUCCCAACCUGCUGGAUGGGCUGGUUUUUAACUAUGGGAAAAGCUAUAACGGAUCUAUGCUGUUAUUGCACCGAGAGAUAUAUUUCUUGUCCCACAUGAAGAAUUAAAAUUAGUGGAAACUUAUAUAUCCAGUAUGUUUGUUUGAUGCGGUUGAGUUUGUUUCCUUUUAUGAAUCAUGCUAGUAAAUGGUACAUGUUUCUCUGGACUAGAGCUAUUGUUGGGUGACCGUAUUCAUUUCCAUUUCGCAUGAUUGUUGCAUUACAGUUUUCUUAUAUAUGCGUUUAUGGGCUUUGGUCUAAGUAGACCUCCACCCUUUUGUAGACCAUAUACUCUUCGAGGUUUCUUGGCCUGAAUUUAAACUUCUGCUACAAAUUUGA